CCCGGCCACGUGCUGGAUCGCCGCCGCUGCACGUGGGCGGCGGGGGGGAGCGCUCGCGCGUCGCUAAGUUUCCGAUGACGGUACCCACGUGAUCCCAGCCAACAGCAAGCGGGCAGCCCCUAGCGCGCGCCGGAGCGUCUCGCCGCAGCACAAGAUGAUUAUCCCGGUGCGGUGCUUCACGUGCGGGAAGGUGGUCGGCAAUAAGUGGGAAGCCUACUUGGGUCUGUUGCAGGCCGAAUACACAGAAGGAGAUGCGCUGGAUGCCCUGGGACUGAAGAGAUACUGCUGUCGCCGUAUGCUGCUCUCUCAUGUCGACCUGAUUGAAAAAUUACUCAACUACGCACCUUUGGAGAAAUAACUUUGCUGCACAUUCCUACACAAGGCCUGAACGUUUUUUUUCCCCAUGGCCACGAAUGAUAAAUGAUUGGGCAUACAUUCGGCCAUAUUCUCAUUUUCAUUACUUUCCUCAAUUGGCUGAAAAAUUACAUGAGCGAAAAUGGCAACCGCAAUAAUUUUGCUUUACAGAAUACAAAAUAAUUUUGUUUAGUUUUCAGUGAGAAUUAUUGCAUGUUCAUUCACCAGUAUUUAAGUUAAAGUUUUGCAUUGUACAUUUUAAGUUUAAUAAAAUGUAUGUUGCUCAU